GCGGCAGCCAUCAGCAGACAGGAUGAUACAAUAUAGGCUUUUUAACUUUCCUUUGCUGAUAUGCUGUUUCAUACUUUCAAAUUCAAAAUACGCAGCUUCACUUGAGUGUUACAGUUGUUUCAAUAUUGAGGAUGUAAACAACUGUUCCCACACUGUUCAGUGCAGCGCCGGUCAUACAUGUUACCAAGACACAAGGACUAAUGGACAGUCUCGGAUUUAUACACUAGGAUGCAUAGACAAGCAUCAAUGCAGUACCCAUGCGAGUGUUGCCUCCGAACUGGUGGGUCGAGAUUUACAGAAACGCGAAACAGACAACUGUCAUGAAUGUUGCAGCACGGACAAUUGCAAUAAUCAGCUCUGCAAUCACCGCAAACCUACUACAUGCCUAGAUGACGUUAAAGUCGACUGCGCUUUCAUGAACACUGUGGCAAAUAUAUGUGAAGACAUCCACCAUGCAAAAACAAUUUGUCCUCGAUUUUGCGAUCUCUGCACUCUGGUUGACGGAAUGUGGUCUGAAUGGACAGCAUGGUCGACGUGUGACGUAACGUGUGAAAAUGGAACACAGACACGGACUCGAACAUGUACAAACCCUCCUCCAGCUAACGGUGGGUUAAAUUGUUCUGACAGCGCAACAGAUAUGAAAGAAUGUCACAAACAACUUUGUCCCGUGCACGGCGGAUGGACAAAGUGGUCUGACUGGGAGUCAUGCUCUGUCAGCUGUGAUACUGGAAUACAGAAACGUCAUCGUAACUGUACAAAUCCUUAUCCUUCACGGUUUGGGGAUCAUUGUUUCGGGGAUGCGGUAGAUGACCGGCUAUGUAUGCCGGGACCAUGUGCAAACGGUGGAUGGUCUCAGUGGGGUCAGUGGAGCAGCUGCAGUGUGUCAUGUGGCGGUGGAAUACGAUCCCAGACUAGGACGUGUACAAAUCCCAGACCUUCCUUAACUGGCAAAUAUUGUGAUGGCAAAAACAUGCAAAUUGCGUCUUGCAACAACAAUUUUUGCGUUCCGAACGUUGUCUUUAAUGCAUACUCUGUGACAGACCUAAGUCCCGCUGCUGGUCAGACCAUGAUAUUCAGCAGUAUUGUCGUUAACGAAGAGGGUGCCUACAGUGCUUCUACAGGAGAAUUCACAGCACCAGUGGAUGGAACUUAUUCUUUCAGCGCACAGUUAUGUUUUGCGCAUCAACAACAUUUGUAUUUUGAUAUUAAGGUUGGAGGUAGAACUUAUGCCUCUGCUCAGGGAUACGAUUAUAAUAAUUAUAAUUGCUAUCAGACUCAAACGGCAGCUAGAGUAAAGAAAAAUGAAAAGGUGAUUGUACAAUGGACGACUUCAACAUACACAAGCUCGUAUAUACAGCAGACUUCUACCUUUAGGAAUUUCUUUACAGGCAUGCUAGUUCACCUGUAACUUUGUUUGCCUAGUUAAACUACAUUCUUACUCUAUGUUCUCGAACAUAUAUGAAAAUUAUCAUGAUUUUACACUUUCACUACAUACAGGUAUGGCAACAUAUGAAAACAAUAAAAAAUACGUAUGUACAGGUAAACCUGUGUUAAACACCACCAAACAAAGACAGCAUUUUUAAAUUGUCAUAGGUUAGUCUUUACAGAAAGGGUUGACUGUAUAUGUGUUUGUAUAAAAAGUUUUGGAUAACUAUAUUUAUGCAAUUAUUUAAUGCAGGCAUAGGAGAAUCCGUUCUGCUAAUGUUGCAAGGGCUUGGACCAGAUACUUUGCUUAAUAUUUACGUAACUAGUGCUUUACUAUUUAUAUGUACAAUUUGUAUAAACAAUAAAAA